GGUUGGAAAUAUUUUUCUGGAACUUCGCCUUUCGCCCUACCUGCUGGUCACUGUCUUCAAGGCUGUAAUUUGUUUAGAACUUCGUGUAAUUUUAGUGGUUAGUAUUUAUGUAUUUUAACUAGCAGUUUAAUCGUAGAUAAUAGCCGCCGGAAGAAAUUGACUUAAGUUGAGAUGGAUGUGUUCAACAAAAUUUGCAAUUCUGUUGCUGGUACAGUAGCUGGCACAGUUAACCAAUUAAGCAACGCCCUGCCAGGGAAUCCAGUGACCAGAGAGUACGAAGCCACAAAACUUAUCGGAAGCGCAGGGCCAGGACUGCUUUGGAAAAUUUACUCCGGACAUAAGAAGUCUACAAAGCAAGAAGUGUCUGUGUUUGUUCUGGAGAAAAAAUGCUUGGAUAGAUUCGUGAGAAAGUCGGAUAGGGAAGCACUCUUAACGAGUUACAGAAAAGGCGUUGCCCAGUUGACAAAACUGAGACAUCCGCGACUGCUUGUGGUGCAACACGCUUUGGAAGAAUCCAGGGAUAGCCUGGCGUUUGUUUCAGAGCCUGUUAGAGAAAGUCUGCUUAACCUAUUGAAAACUGAGGAUGCUAUUUAUCCAGUUGAGAUCAAAUACGGCCUCAUCCAACUCUCGGAGGCGCUCCAGUUUAUCCACAAAGAGGGAAGACUUCUGCAUAUGAAUAUCUGCCCAGAAAACAUCAUUGUGAAUGCGUCAGGCGCGUGGAAGUUGGCAGGCUUCGACUUUGCCCUCUCCGCAGCGCCUGAUCCUCAACAGCCUUCUUGGAGUGCCGAAGAGUCUGACUGGUCACUCCCCAUCGAGUGCAGACCGUUUUCAGACAUCACCGCGCCUGAGCUGAGCCUCAGCCAGUUGGCAACCCCCGCCAACGACAUGUUCUCCUUAGGCUGUUUGGCCUACGCUGUGUUCAACAAAGGAAGGCCACUUUUGGCCAGAGAGAGCGAUGCUCAGGCUCCAACUAGAAACCUCCACAAAUUGAAACAGCUGAAUGUUGCCCAGCUGACAAGUGUUCCUGAUGGCCUGAAAGACUACGUGAAAAUGCUUUUGAAUAUCAAACCAGAACUGAGACCAGAUGCACACCAGUUCACACAAAUUGAGUAUUUCCAAGAUGUGACGGUUAAAACACUCAAUUAUCUAGAUUCAUUGUUCCAAUGGGAUAAUCUUCAAAAAUCGCAGUUUUACAAGGGCUUGCCGCAAAUUUUACCCCAGUUGCCGCACCGAGUGUGUCUUUUAAGAGUCAUUCCAUGUUUAGCAAAGGAGUUUGUCAACCACACAAUGGUUCCCUUUGUCCUUCCAAACGUGCUACAGAUUUCUGAAAAAUCGACCAAAGAUGAGUUCACCCAGUACAUUUUGCCAUCACUCAUUCCCGUUCUAAAAAUUGUGGAGCCAGUUCAGGUGUUGCUGAUUUUAAUGCAGCGAAUGGAGUUGCUUCUGAAACUGACGCCUGCAGAGUACGUGCGAUCAGAUGUGAUGCCAGUGAUGCACCGUGCAUUGGACUCAAUGGACCAGCAGGCGGCGCAGGAGUUGUGUUUAGCUGCCCUCCCUGGAGUGGCCUCUCUCAUAGACUACCCAGCCAUGAAGAACGCCUUGCUGCCGAGGAUCCUUAGAGUUUGCCUCACUACUCCUCACACAUCGGUUCGAGUUAAUUGUUUGGUGUGCUUGGGAAAGCUGCUCGAGCAUUUGGACAAAUGGUUAGUCUAUGAUCAAGUACUACCAUUCCUGCCAAAAAUUACUUCCCGCGAACCAGCUGUUUUAAUGGGAAUUCUAGGAGUCUACAAACUGGCUCUGACUCUACCGAAGCUCGGUAUCAGCAAAGAAGUACUAGCCACCCAAGUAAUUCCAUUCCUCUUCCCGCUGACUGUGGAGAAUUCGUUGACCCUCUCCCAGUUUGGAAUGCUAAUGGGACUUCUGAAAGAUAUGACCGCUAGAGUCGAAGCAGAGCAGAAAGAAAAACUAGAGCAGAUUAGCGGGUUGCAGAAAGAGCAGCAGUCGGCGUCGAUUUCCCUUGUCACCCCUCCUGGACAAUUGGUGGCUGCACCACCUCCGCAAUCUGAACUUGAUUCCUUCUUUUCUUCACUGGGCAUCGACACCGCCGCAGAUUCCACGCCAAAGCCUGCACCUAAAGCGCCAAUGACAAUUACGCCUUCUGCUUCAACAGGUUCCUUGUCGCUUGAGGACAAACAAAGACUCGCACGUCAGCAGGAAGAAUCUCGCGGAAUGAAGUCAUCCACCAACGGGCACACACAAAGACCCAUCACGUCCCCCGUGACGCCAUCACCUGCACCUAAGCCAUCCAGCUCCCUAAUGGAUGGAUUCUUGGAGAGUAAUCUGAAGCAAAUGUCCUUCACGCCUCAGAAGCCGAUUAUGCAACAGACUCAACCGACCCAAAUGCCCACAUUACCUAUUAUGCAGUCACCAACACAGCCAACAUGGAACACGGGUAACACGAUGGGUGGGAUGAACGCCAUGCCUGCGUCAAACUGGUCAAUGAUGCCCAGCAACAGUCCUGCGCGGCCGAUGGGCAUGAUGCAGCAGCAGCAGCCGCCACAUUUGACGUCUCCAAACAUGAUGAUGUCUCCUUCUUCGUUCUCGCAGCCCAUGUAUGGUCAGCAAAACAAACCAGCAAAGCAACUUACUGCUGCUGAAAUGCAGGACCUUCUCAGCUAAUUGCUAGCCGCAUUUAAUUUUGGUGAUAUGCCGAUUGAAAAGACUUAAUUGAAAGUUUGUAUAACAUUUUAGUUUUUCACGUUCAAACAGUGAUCUAAUUUAAUUUUUCACGAAAUUUUAAAAACCUAAAAGAACUUUGUAAUGUUAUCAAUUAUUUAGGCUUAUUAUUGAGCCGAUUAAAUUUGAUUAUGUAUUUAUUUACAAAAUAUUAUUUGUUAAUCACCAAGAUGGUAAUAGCGUGUUUAAAGUGGGCACGACACAAAGUAAAUCCUAUUGAUGUCCAUUCCUCUUCAACUGGUGCGGAAUGCGUUGUUGAAGUGAUUAAAAAUAAACCUCUAAUAAGCUGAAAUUAAA